AUGCGAGUGGUGAGUCAUAUCACGUCUUGCAAAAGUAACAAUAGAAUCAUUUUCAGCGUGGCGGCUGCAGGAUGCCCGUCACACGUGCCACCUUCACCAUCCUGGUCGGCAUUCUGUUCGGUUUCUCGGCCACCUACUAUCUGACCGCCCUCAAAGCGCUGACCGAUCCGAUCCUUUGCGGAGCCGACCAACAACUUGCCGUCGAUGAUCUCGAUAUUGUGCAUCUGAGCGCCGACGCGGACGUCUUCACGCGAUCACAGAACCUUCCCGGACAUCGGAGGGGUCUGAUCCUUGUCGCCAUUAUGACUGCGGCCAAAUACGUCGACACACGUGCCUACAACGUGUGGAAGACGUGGGCUCAGCACAUUCCGGGUCGCGUUCUGAUCUUCGUCGCCGAGGGCACCGAAUCUAUUCACGAGGACAUGCCGUUGAUUCGUUUGAAGGGAGUCGACGACACGUAUCCGCCGCAGAAAAAGAGUUUUGCGAUGGUGAAGUGGCUGGCGGAGAACAUGGCCGACGAGUACGAUUGGUUCCUGCGAGCAGACGACGACCUCUACAUCAGAGGAGAAGAGCUCGCCGCCUUCCUCAGAUCCGUCGAUUCGUCGAAGGCGCACGUCAUCGGACAGGCGGGACUCGGCAACAGUGCGGAAUACGGACUGCUCGCACUCGGAUCGACGGACAACUACUGCAUGGGCGGGCCUGGAAUCGUGAUGAGCCGAGAGACUUUGCUGUGAGUUUCGACGAGUCUUUCAGAUCUUGUCGGUGCUUUGAGUUCAAUUAUUAUUUUCAGAAAAGUGUCUCCGCAUCUGGAGUCGUGUCUCCAACAUCUUCUGACGUCGCACGAAGACGUUGAACUCGGUCGAUGCAUUCGGAAGCACGCGGGCGUCGCCUGCACGUGGAACUACGAAAUGCAGAAGCUGUUCCACAACAAUCAGAGUGCCAUCAAAGAGUCGUACGCGAAGAAUAUGAAGGAGUUGAAGGACGCGAUCACGCUGCAUCCGAUCAAAGACCCGGCGGUGAUGCGGAAGGUGCAUCUCCGCAAUCGGGAGAUCAAACUGCGCGAGACGCGUGCCAAGCGCAGUCUUCUGCACUCCGAACUGAGCACCGCCAAGGCGCAGACGCUGGUGAGAAUGACGCCGAAUCGAACGAUUGAUUUGACGCCGUGGGACUACAUCAACAACAACAAGAUUCUGUUCUGUGCGGACCGAGUCAAUUGUCCGCGGCAUACGGUGGAUUUGAGCAUCCGGACGGAGAUGGCCGACACCAUCACCCAACUCUUUGACGAAUUCAACACGAACGCCCGCCAACGUGGCCGUGUGCUUCAGUUUCAGAGCCUUCAAUACGGAUACAUGCGGGUCGAGCCGACGAAAGGCGUCGAUUACGUGCUCGACAUGUUGCUCUGGUUCAAAAAGUUCCGUCCUCCGAACCGAACGACCAUCUCUGUCCGCCGACACGCGUACGUUCAGCAGACGUUCGGGCGGCUCCGAAGUCUUCCCGAGUCGAUCUUCCGAUCAAACAUGCGCGCCAACUCGACGCUCAUCGAAGAUCCGACCCUUCACAUGGUCAUGCCUUUGCGAGGAAGAGCGGCCAUUUUUGCUCGUUUCGCUCAACAUCUGAAGAGCAUUUGUGCGCGAGGCGGCGACGAUUUGGCGGUCUCGCUGACAAUUGUGUUGUAUUCGAGUGAAGAUGAGAUGGAGAAUAGGUGAGAAAAUCUUUCCAGUGCUCGAAACGAUCGACAAAUUUCAGAGAAACGAUCGAGAUGCUCCGUGCGAGUGCCAUUCCGGUUGCGGUCAUCGAAAUGGGCGACGUGGCGUUCUCCCGUGGAGUGGCUCUGAUGCGCGGUGCGGAGACGCUUCCAGCCAACGCGCUGCUCUUCUUCACGGACGUCGACAUGUUGUUCACUUGCGACGCGCUCAAAAGAAUCAAGUCGAACACGAUUCUGAACGCGCAGAUCUACUUCCCGAUCGUCUUCUCGGAGUUUUCACAUGAGAGCUGGUCGGAGAACGAUAAGCUGCUCGCAGAUGCGUUCCAUUACGGACGCGGUCGUGGAUAUUUCAGGCAUUUCGGAUACGGUCUUGCUGCCAUGUACAAGGUGAGCGACACGUGCGAACAGAUUCGGACAAUAGCGAGGUUUCAGGCGGAUCUGAUAGAUAUCGGAGGAUUCGACACGAAGAUUGAGGGGUGGGGCAAAGAAGAUGUGGAUCUGUUCGAGAAGGUGAGGACUCUGAAAGACCCUGUGCCUUCUAGAACUUUCCUUUUUCAGGCCAUCAAAAACGGACGUCUCCGAGUGAUUCGCUCGCCGGAACCGGGCCUCGUCCACAUUUAUCAUCCGAUUCAUUGCGACGAGAACAUGCCGACGUCCCAGAAGGACAUGUGUCACGGCUCGAAAGCAGCCAGUCUGGCGUCGAUCGACACGCUCGUCGAUCAGAUUGCACAGUACACAUAG